AUGGAUACCGGUGAUCUUUAUAAAGCCAGUAGUAGUUUAAGAGCACAAAGUUCUUCGAUUUGGAGGGACAGUGCUAUUCAAAUAUUUUCUCAAUCUUCACGAGACGAAGAUGACGAAGAAGCUCUUAAAUGGGCUUCCCUUGAAAAGCUUCCCACUUUCAGACGAUUGAAGAAAGGUCUGUUGCCUGGAUCAACUGGUGUGAAUGAGGUUGAUGUAGCGAAUCUUGGGUUUGAACAAAGAAAGGUUUUGAUUGAGAGGCUGAUUAAAGUAGCAGAAGAAGAUAAUGAGAAGUUCUUGUUAAAGCUCAGGGAUCGAAUUGAUAAACUGACAUUGCUUCUAGGUCCUCCAAGUUCUGGCAAGACAACACUCUUGUUGGCUUUGGCCGGGAAACUUGACCGUGAUCUAAAGGUUUCCGGUAGGGUGACAUAUAAUGGCCAUGGCCUGGAUGAGUUUGUACCCCAGAGAACUGCUGCCUACAUAAGCCAACAUGAUCUCCAUAUAGGGGAAAUGACUGUGAGAGAAACGUUUUCGUUCUCUGCUAGAUGCCAAGGGGUCGGAUCCCGCUAUGGUGAGUAA